AUAAUGCAAUUUGCAUGGUGGGGUUGCUGGGGGCUGGUGGCAUUGAUACGUGCAUACUUGUUCACUGCUUUUAUAUUAAAUGAAUCAAAAGAAAUUAAAUAUAUCCACUUGCUCACUUUGUCAUUAUCUCUUCACUCUCCUUCUUCCUAGCUACUCUAUUAAUUUCUUAUGUUGUUUCAUCUUAAAUCUAAAUAAUAAAUAUCUCAGAUCAAGAUUUGCAGCAGCAAGAGAUCAUUGAAUUCAAAGGUAGCUAUGGACAAUAAUGCAUCCCCCCAACUUGAGUCAGAAGCAUCUAAUUCUGAGCUCAAACAAGAAUCUCAACCAUUCAAGAAGCGUAAAAUGGUUGAGAAAACAGUUGUAACUGUGAAAAUAGGAGAGAAUGUUAGCAAGCUGAAGAAUGAAGGACUUCCUUCAGAUUUUUGGUCAUGGAGGAAAUAUGGACAAAAGCCAAUCAAAGGGUCUCCAUAUCCAAGGGGAUAUUAUAGGUGCAGCACAUCAAAGGGAUGUUCAGCCAAAAAGCAAGUAGAGAGAAGUAGCACAGAUGCUUCAAUGCUUAUCAUCACCUAUACUUCAAAACAUAACCAUCCAGAUCCUACUGUCGACUCCACCACAAACUCAGCUCAACAACCAAAAGAAUCCGAAACCGAAACAAUCAAAGAUAUCCCAGUUACCUCCAAUGAAGAAGACCAAGAACAUAUCGUCGAGGAAAUGAUUAAUAAUAAGAGCAUUGUAACUAGUACUGAUCAAGUUACGAACGAAGAAAAUUUUCAUUACUUGCAAUCUCCAAUACACUGCUCUGAGGAGAUUAUUGUAGACCAAGAAGAUCCUUUCAAAUCGAACAUAGAAAAAAGCCAUAUUGACAAAAUAGAUAUUCUCUUAGAGGAAGAGCCACUUUGCUAUGCACAGUUAAAGAAUUUGACAGAAUCUAAAUCAGAAGAACUUGAUUUUUUCGAUGAGCUUGAGGAGUUACCUAUGUCUUCAUCUAUUUUACAUUUUACUAGGAGCAUUUUUUCUAAUGAAAGGAUUCCUGUUGCUCCUUCUUGAUUGAUUCAAGUGUUUGUUUUUCUAUGUGCUUGUCGUCUAGAAGAAUGUAACAUGUUUAUUGAAUUAUUGUUAAUAUAUGUUGUAUGUUAUUUCCACAUA